AUGAGGCAUCAAAGCAGUCUACCCUCUCUAAACAACGUCGCCCCUCGAAUCCCCAUUCCUUCCAUCGCACGCGAAUUCGUCCCUUGGUCGAAUUUCUCCAACGAACCUCCUCAAUCUGGAGACAUUCCCGAACCCAUCUGGGACUCUCUAAUCCCUAAUGGCCUCGGAUACUUCCAAGACGCCUCCCUAACCAAUAAACCCUCCAUCCCAACAGUCUUUCACCAACUCCACUGCCUCUACAUCCUCCGUCGCGCCUACUACGCCCGCUCUGAUGAGAACGACCUCGAAGGCUUCGACUUUGGGAAGAACCGCUCCAUCCACGUUCCACACUGCUUCGACUACCUCCGUCAGGGUAUUACCUGCUCGGCGGAUACAACAGUGGAGCCAGCAGUAGACGAGGAAAAUGGGUUCUUGGGUAGUGGGUUUCCUCGUCAGUGUGUGGAUUUCGAGGCCUUGAAGGAGUAUGUUGAGGAGAGAAGGAUCUUUAACGCGACCGGGUUUUUGGCGGUGGGAUAUCAUCAUCAUUAG